GAACGGAGAAAGAUAGCCUAGGGAGGAGGUGUGGUGUCCAUAGCUUCGGGGUCAGAGGUGCUGCCUGCUGCAGCACCGAUGACACCCGAAGCCGUAAAUGGGUUGCUGGGGAAAAGGGGGGCAGAAUGGAAAGGGACAACAGGGGCAGAACGGAAAACGAUAGCCUGGGAAGGAGGUGUGGUGUCCAUAGCUUCGGGGUCAGAGGUGCUGCCUGCUGCAGCACCGAUGACACCCGAAGCCGUAAAUGGGGUGCUGGGGAAAUGGGGGGCAGAAUGGAAAGGGACAACAGGGGCAGAACGGAAAACGAUAGCCUGGGAAGGAGGUGUGGUGUCCAUAGCUUCGGGGUCAGAGGUGCUGCCUGCUGCAGCACCGAUGACACCCGAAGCCGUAAAUGGGGUGCUGGGGAAAAGGGGGGCAGAAUGGAAAGGGACAACAGGGGCAGAACGGAAAACGAUAGCCUGGGAAGGAGGUGUGGUGUCCAUAGCUUCGGGGUCAGAGGUGCUGCCUGCUGCAGCACCGAUGACACCCGAAGCCGUAAAUGGGGUGCUGGGGAAAAGGGGGGCAGAAUGGAAAGGGACAACAGGGGCAGAACGGAAAACGAUAGCCUGGGAAGGAGGUGUGGUGUCCAUAGCUUCGGGGUCAGAGGUGCUGCCUGCUGCAGCACCGAUGACACCCGAAGCCGUAAAUGGGGUGCUGGGGAAAUGAGGGGCAGAAUGGAAAGGGACAACAGGGGCAGAACGGAAAACGACAGCCUGGGAAGGAGGUGUGGUGUCCAUAGCUUCGGGGUCAGAGGUGCUGCCUGCUGCAGCACCGAUGACACCCGAAGCCGUAAAUGGGGUGCUGGGGAAAAGGGGGGCAGAAUGGAAAGGGACAACAGGGGCAGAACGGAAAACGAUAGCCUGGGGAGGAGGUGUGGUGUCCAUAGCUUCGGGGUCAGAGGUGCUGCCUGUUGCAGCACCGAUGACACCCGAAGCCGUAAAUGGGGUGCUGGGGAAAAGGGGGGCAGAAUGGAAAGGGACAACAGGGGCAGAACGGAAAACGAUAGCCUGGGAAGGAGGUGUGGUGUCCAUAGCUUCGGGGUCAGAGGUGCUGCCCGCUGCAGCACCGAUGACACCCGAAGCCGUAAAUGGGGUGCUGGGGAAAAGGGGGGCAGAAUGGAAAGGGACAACAGGGGCAGAACGGAAAACGAUAGCCUGGGAAGGAGGUGUGGUGUCCAUAGCUUCGGGGUCAGAGGUGCUGCCUGCUGCAGCACCGAUGACACCCGAAGCCGUAAAUAGGGUGCUGGGGAAAAGAGGGGCAGAAUGGAAAGGGACAACAGGGGCAGAACGGAAAACGAUAGCCUGGGAAGGAGGUGUGGUGUCCAUAGCUUUGGGGUGAGAUGGGCUGCCUGCCUGAUCUGAGAAAAGCGAGUGAAAGUGGGAGAGCUUCUCCCUAGCUGCUAAGUCUUCUCAAGGUCUAGCACGCACUGAACACUGGCCGGCUCAGCCUGGGUGUUGACAUUGUACUGUACGUGUCACAGAGCAAGGGCGGGUCAGGGGGUGGUAUGGGGGCCCCACACAAGCCCAGCCCCUGGAGAAACCCGGCCCGAGGGCAAAGAGCCCGACCCCUUGUGGGCUUUCUAGCGGCUGGGACUUGUCGCUGUGGGUGGCAGGUGUUUGGCACCGGAUGGGCCACCAUGUGGAGACUGUUGGGGACUGUGGAAGUCUUCUCCUCCAGAGCUCACCCUGCCUGGGCACCGGCUCUGCAGACCCCUCAGCCCUGGCUAUGUAUCGGCCAGCCCUUCCCCGCAACGGGGCCCAGAGGCCAGAGCCUGCCCAGAGCUGAGUGGAGGAGGCACCCAGAGUUUGCCAGGCUGUGGCCCGCCACCUCCGUGGACCUCCCCAGCUUGUCCGCGAGCCCUGGAGACAGGAGCGCCUUCUCCAGGGCUGCUGAGCUGCCAGCAUCACCAUGAGCCAGGCGGUGAAGGUUUCUGAGCAGGGGAUGCAGAGCCCUGACGCGACUGGAUGCUGCACCCCACGAUGUCCCUUCCUGGCAGCUCGAGAGAGGCUAUAUUCAUCUGUGUUAGUUAACACUGCUGUGUUUCCUGAACAUGCCUAGAAAACAUCCUGAAGAAGGGUGCCUGAAAUUUGACUUUCAGAAAUUAAAACUCAAGUUAAAAAGUGAGUGACGGGCUUCCCUGGUGGCUCAGUGGUUGAGAGUCCGCCUGCCGAUGCAGGGGAUACGGGUUCGUGCCCCGGUCCGGCAAGAUCCCACAUGCCGCGGAGCGGCUAGGCCCGUGAGCCAUGGCCGCUGAGCCUGCGCGUCCGGAGCCUGUGCUCCGCAACGGGAGAGGCCACAGCAGUGAGAGGCCCGUGUACCGCAAAAAAAAGAAAAGAAAAGAAAAGAAAUCACAAAGCCACAACAGACAUAAAAAUGAUACAGACAACAAGUGCUACGGUCAUUCAAAGAAGGCAUAGAGUUGAUACAACAAGGAUCUCCUCUACGGCACAGGGAACUGUACUCAAUAUUUUGUAAUAACUUAUAAGGGAAAAGAAUCUGAAAACGGAAUCACUGUGCUGUACACCUGAAACGGACACGACAUCGUAAAUCAACUAUAUUUCAAUUAAAAACCAAACAAACAGACAACAGCAACAACAAAAAACCAGAGAGGUCAUAGAAGUUCUUAUGAGAUUCCAGAAGAGAAGAGAAGCCAGAUGAGGACGGGAGAGGAGGCUUUUGAAUCAGUUCAGAGGAGAAGUCACAGAGGAACGAGUCUUUGAUCUGAACUUGAGAUUAAGAUUAAGAUGAAUUAAUCUGAAUUAAUUAAGAUUGCAACACAGGGAUAUUACAGAUGAAGGUAAUCACAUAAACUUACUCUACUGAAACUUGCAGAGGUUAUGAGUGUUGUUCAAGAUCCCAGAGCAAGUGCAUUGUGGAAUCAGAAUUUUAAGUGAGGCCUAAUGAACUAAAAACAAAGAAACACAGAAACAAGCCCUUCCUGUGACACCACGUUGCCUUUGAAGUCGUUUUUUUUUUGGCGGGUUGGCAGAAACUGGUUCCAGUGUUUCUUGCAGGAAUGACUGGCCAUAGGACUGGGCGUCGUAGCUUCCUGCCAGGCGGCCGAAGGUCGCAGGCAGGUGGGUCAUUGGGACACACGCGGAGGGGCUCCUGCCCGGCUCCCUGGCCGCUCAGUGCCCCUGCCCCAGAGCGGGGGUGGGGGCCCCAAAGCAGCCUUGUCUGAGUCCCCUGCCACUAGAGAGAGUAUUGGCCCAACACUUGUAGAAAACGGGGACCUUGCUGGCAGUUCAGUGGAGGGACACAAAUAAAUCUUUGCCGACUUUCUGCUGAAGCUCACGAGGGUUCACUCCUAAGCCUCUUACAAGGUCAGCUGCCGAGGCUGCGAGAGAUGAGUCGGGGCUCGCCCUCCACCACGGGGAGAUCGCUGGUUAAAGCGCUCACGAGGGAGUGAACCGCGUGUCCGCACCGACACGCACGGGCAGACCUCGUCGAUGCCUUCUGUUCGGGGUAUGAAGCCCUCUCCUGCCUCUUCCAGCCUCUCUAGAAAGCAUGUGCAGAGCCUCCCACCCCACCCUCGGACUCCGCGGGCCACAGCUGGAGGGACCAGCCAAGGAACCGUGGCAGGAAGAGGCCAGAGGUCAGCGGGCCUCGGCCAGAGCCUGUCAGUCGGUCCCCAUUCACACACCACCAGACGAUCCUCUUGACCUGGGCAGUAGCCGCCAACCGACCGCUGAGCCACGCAACGCGGUGAAGCCCUGACGCUCGCUGCCGCGUCGAUACACCCUGAGAACACGAUGCUCAGCGAGAGAAGUCAUACACAGAAGGACACACAGGGCGUGACCCCACUGAGGAGAAACGUCCAGAGCAGGCAACUCUUGAGUGCAUGUAUUUAACAUGCAGGGAACCAGCCCUGACUCCUUGAUCUGGGUCUUCCAGCCUCUAGAGCCUCGAGGACAUCCAUUUCCGUUAUUUACGCGCCCAGUGCCUGGGGUCUGAUGAUGGAAGCUGACACCGAGGGCAUCACCACGUGCGGGGUGAUGUCAGUGGAAGAAUCCCAUGGCGAGGGCCUGCCUGAGGACCACGCACGCCCGGGCCCGCCCCGCCCCCUGCCUGCAGCCCUGCGCCUGGGAGCGGAGCUGGUGCAUCGCGUGCCCGACGUCGUGGAAGUUGGUCUCCCGCUCAUCAUGCUGCAGCAGGGAGGGCAGGUUGGGCGUAGGCUUGGUGAAGUUGGCCACCGUGGCCGCGAUGGCAAUCUGGCAGCUCCCAUCGUGCUGUAGGCAGCCCGGCUGCAGGCCGAAGCAGGCCGCGUGCCCGGACUUCCCCACCCUGCGGAGGGACGUGGAUGGGGCCCCGCUUCCACAGAGGAGCCCCGGCCCACGGCCGACAGGUUCCCCCACGCACGUACCGAGGAUAGAGAUCAGGUAGAACUUGCCGAUGGAUGACCUUGCCCGAGGCCGCGUCCCAGACCGUUUAGAGCCUCACGUCUUCGUGACACAUGCUGGUGCCCUCCUCCAGGUCGAAGGUCAGCCCCAGCAGCUCCUGGGAGAUGCCCAGCAGCCCGCGUGUGAGCGCCUGCAUGGGGAAAGCCUCAUUGAGCAGGUCCUUUUGGAACCAGAAACGGCAUGAACGUGAUGGGCUCUAAGGCCAAGGGCAGGAAGAAAUGCGGCCAGUCUUUCCAGGAGCCACCAAGGGGCCUCCCCGGGCUCAACAAGACAAACACGGCUGCCGUGCAGACAGUGGCUCAACCCCACGGCGCCCGAACACCCAGCCCCUGGACGGUGAGACAGCUGUUGCUGCAGGUGGCCCGUGGCUCACUGAUGAGGCCCGGCCCCAGGCGUACGCCACCUUCUCUGGGGCCACCUCUCCGGUCUGCAGUGGGGUUCUCCUGGGAGCCCCCAGUCACCACAGGACCAGCGUGGCCUGUCUGUAGCCCAAGAAGGUGGGGACACAAGACUGUCCCCCGUGCCCCCCGCAUCACCCGCGAGGCCGAGCGAGCACCAGUGGUGUCUGCGGGGAAGAUGAAGGGCUCACGCACAGCCCCCAUCUACAGAAGCACAGACUGCAGCCACCUGCGCUAUGGAACAAACACAAGUGUCCACGCAGGACCCGAUGUCUGACUGUCAAGGCCAUGCCCGGGCCACAGUGAGAAGGUGUAUCCCCCAUGCAAGCCACAGAGAGGGGAUGGGGGGGCCAUCUGCGAUUCUGAGCUCAUCGGGCAUCACCCCAGAGGGAGAGGGAGAGGGAGAGAGGUAGACAGAAGUACAGAGGGAGAGAAAGAGAGAGGGAGGGAGAGACGUCUCUCCCUUCCCUGGGGGUUCUCUAGUGCAGCCAAGGCUGAAAACCACUGCAUUUUGGGAGAUGGGUCCUCGUGGAAGAGUUAAAUAGCUCAUGGCAUUAUCGACACAUACUAAAAAGGCCCCAAAUCUUGGGGAGUCAGGGAGGGGAGUGUCGGCUGCCUCGUAAACGGGGAGAGAUUGGGCAUCAGGGGAGGUGCCUGUGCAGCCUGCGCCCAGGGCCCCGCAGACUUCAUCUCCCAGCGGUGGUCCUGGGCUGGAAGUCAGCGGGGAGGUCAGGCUGUCCAAGCAUCAACGUUGACUUCAGGGCUGAUCUAAAAGGCGCCUGGUGUUUGUUGAAGCAGAGAAAAGAGAAAGCAGUAGGGAAAGGAUGGGAGUGGGAGGGGGAGGGAGCCCCCCUCCUCAGCACUUCUACCGCUCUCCCUCUCUCUCUCCCUUUCUCCCUCUCUCCCUCUACCUCGCUGCCUCUCCCUCUCCCUCCAUGUCUCCCCCUGCCUCUCUCCCUCCCUCUCUCCCUGUCCCUCUCUCUCUCUCCCUCUUUCCCUCCCCCUCUCCCUCUCCCCCUUUCCCUCUCCCUCUCCCCUUCUCCCUCUCUCCCUUCCUCUAUUCCUGUCCCUGCUUCCCUGUUCCGCACGCUCUGGCUCUACCUCUUUCCCUCUCCCUCUCCCUCCACCUCCUUCCCUCUCUGGAGAGGGAAGGAGGUGGAGGGAGAGGGAGAGAGAGAUGGAGAGGGAGGGGGGAGAGGGAGAGAGAGAUGGA